AUGCCGUGGAAACAACACUACCAGCCGAGGCUGUGGCUUUUACUUGCCUCAACUCGCGACACAGCUUGCUAUACCUUGAUUGGCCAACAACCAGCCCCGCCGUUUCUGCGCAAGCACCGCGGCAUACGCGACUAUGAUCUUGUUGGUAGUCAUUCAGUGAAGAGAUUUGAGAUCAACUCUUGCCCAUCUUGGCUACAGCUCGAUCUGCGUCCAUAUCUGAGCUCAAGCAUCACGUCAUUCACCUUGUUGGGGUGCUCACAUUUUCCGAGGUCACUGCUUGACCUGGUUGCUUUCUGCUGCCCCAAACUUCGCAAUGUCCACCUUGACUAUCUGGCCGAGGACCAAGAACAGGAACAUUUUCUGAAAUUCCUACGGAGAUGCAGACAUCUGCGUGAGCUCACCUUGAGCUCUGAAGAUGGAGUCAGCAUUCCGAAAAAUGUACUGGAGAACUUGGCAUCUCGAAAACAGCUAGAAUAUCUCUAUGCUCCACUCAACACUAUCCCAUACCACUCGAUAGAGACUAUGAUGCGCGAGAAUCCACGCCUAAGUCCCUUUCGCGACGCACGCAGCUUGUUCCUGAGCAUGGAAACGAGAGCAGCAACGUCUGUUCUUUCCGCAGCCGAGUCUCUGGUAGAGAUCCAACUGGAUCUAGCUGACUCUGAACACGAUGUUUUUCAGGUCAUCGGAUCGCUACAUUGCUUGGAGACGGUCGAAAUUUCUUUCGCUAUGCCUAAGCGUCUUACCAUACAUGAGCUUCAAGCCAUCUCGGGCUUGACACGUCUGAAAGACCUUAGCAUAUACGGACCUCCAACAGAGUUGCAUUGGGAUGAUGGCCGCCCUCUGCUGAUUGCCGAAGCUUGGACUGACGACCUCUUCGACUCCUGGAUAGCGAGUUUUGUCCACCUAGAGAAGCUGCUGUUAAGUGUUCGCCCAUCGAGCAGCCACUGGAUUUCAGAGACCAGGUUGAUCGGAAAGAGUUGUCCAAAUUUGACAACGUUGUCGAUGGAUGGUAUACAUGACAUCGGGGCUUGGAGGGUAUCACCUGCGCCAUUGUUUCCUGCACUGCGUCAACUCGAGCUGGGGCGACUCAAGCCAUGGCCGUUCCCAAUGAGUGCCGAAGAGAACAGGGAGUAUGCAAAAGGGCUCGCAUGUCUGAUACAGCAACAUGCGCCUCUGUUAGAGGAGCUCAGUGUGGGGCGAGACGAGUUAUCAAAUGCCGUGGCUGAAGCUUAUAAGCAAGAGAGGUUGGAAACUCGUUGCAUCAACGAGGUCACCAUGUUCGACGCAUGA